AUGUUAUGGUGGAGACAAACAUCGCCCAACAUCGAGGAAGAUGAUUUGGUUGAUCUUGUAGAAGAUACCAAAGCAUUGCUAAGACAACUAUCUCGCAUGGAGCCACGUCACCGUGUGGUUUCUAUUGUGGGCAUGGGAUGUCUCGGCAAAACCACUCUUGCAAAAAAAUUGUACAACCAUAGUGAUAUCAAAUACCAAUUUGAUUGCAAAGCAUUUGUUUAUGUGUCUAAAGAUUACAGUAGAGAAACUCUAGAAAGGAUAAUUGUAACUACAAGUCCUGAUUGCAAUAUGGAUGAUUUGAAGAAAUUGGAAGAUGAGGUGUUGGUAUUGAAGUUGCAUCAAUUGUUGAAAGAGAUGAGGUAUCUAGUUGUUCUUGAUGAUAUCUGGGAAACGGAGGUCUGGGAUAGCUUCCAAUCUGCAUUUUCAAGUGGACGGACGGGAAGUAAGGUGAUGCUCACCACCCGAAAUAAGGACGUUGCUUUAUAUGCAGAUCCAAUAAGCGAAGCACUUGAACUGUGA